AAUAAACCGGCAUGUAUAUUUAUUUUUUAGUCCCGCGUAAUUUUUAAAGUUUUAAGUUUAAGAAGAAAUAAAAGUACAAAUGAUGGUUGAAGACGUCCCAAUGAACGGAUCUUCCGAGCCUACCGUCGAAAUUUCCGCACAAAAUGAAGUAAAUUUGGAAAAUUUUCACAUCACAACCCCACAAGAAGAAAUGGAUGUCGAAUCGCUGCAACCUUACCCAAGUUUGUCGAUAUCUGAAACCACUGAUAUCUUUGAAGUCGCCCGUUGGCAUUCGUGCCAACCAGAAAACUACCUCAGAGGCUGCAUUUUCUCGCCAGAUGGAACGUGCUUAUUAACUGCUGUCAACAUGGAUGGCAUCCAAGUCUUCGAGUUGCCUCUGGAUCUCUACGACGAAAAAAAUGUGAAAGAAUCUCGCGUUGUUUCGCGACUAAAACCCGCCGUACACGUCAAAGAAGGUCCAAAAUCCACGGUUUACGAUAUGAAAUGGUAUCCGUUGAUGAAUAGUCAUGUACCGGAGACUUGUAGCUUUCUUAUUUCACGUCAACAUGAACCAAUAAAGUCAAUUGAUGCAUUUGACGGGAAAAUUCGUUGCAGUUAUCGUGGAUAUGAUGCCGUGGAUGAAGUUGAAGCAGCGCUGAGUCUUUGUUACAGCCCCGAUGGGACCCAAAUCUAUGCUGGUUACAAGAAAACAAUCAAAAUUUUUGAUACAAAUCGCCCGGGACGCGAUUAUGAAACACUCGAAAGUCGAAUCCCGUCAUCUGCGCUCGCUGUAAAUGAAGAUAAUUCACUCCUGGCUACCGGAUCAUGGAACACAAGUGUCUCGGUGUUCGAUAUUCGCAGCAAAGAUGUUGCUCCAAGACUCGUUUUGCAAGAAACCCAUCGCGGAGGUAUCACUCAUUUGAAAUUUUUGAGCGAAACGACGCUCAUUUCGGGUGCUCGUAAGGAUUCCAAGCUCGUAGUUUGGGAUUUGCGCAAUCCAAACACCCCAUUUUUCGUUUUUAAUCGAAAUAUUGAUACAAAUCAGAGAAUUUACUUCGAUGUCACGCCAGAAGGGAAAUGGUUAUUAAGCGGAAGUACCGAUGGAUGCUUGAAAAUUUGGAAUAUGUUUGAAAUUUAUGCAGAUAACAAAGCGCCAAUUAAGGAAUUUGCUUAUAAAUUACACGACGACUGCUUAAACGGGAUCUCAGUUCAUCCCUUUUUGCCAAUUGUAGCGACAAGCAGUGGUCAACACAUGCCAACGCUCCCAGAAUUAGACUCCGAUGCGGAAUGUUCCGUCGAAAAUUUCGUCACAAUGUGGUGGCUCAAAUAAAAAUUCCUUUUUUUUACGUUCUUUAAAUCAAAAUUUUAUUAAAACUCUCGAAAAAAAUGCAGAAAUCUCAUUUUAGUAUGGUCGUCUAUCGCGUCGUCCCGAUGGAGGCAUUCGAUUCGGUGGCG